UUUUUUGUGGAUUACCCCAGAUAUUUCAAUCAUUAGAUGAGGAGUCACUUUUUCUUUCUCUCAACAAGCCUGUCCACUCGGCCACAAGGACCCGGACCAUCAUCAACCAAGACCUCUCUAAACGUUAUAUUCUUCCAGUUCGACUAGGAUUACUUAAGGGAAACCGCCUUCAAACCAUGCUUUCACGUGUGUUAUUACUUGUGCUGCCUACAAAACAAAACGUGCGCACUUCGAUUAAGGAGAGCAACAUAACGUCGAUGAUAUUGCCAACGUUGUUAUUGAUUGCUUCUCUGAUGUUGACGGGGCUCCGGGCUGAGGUCAAGACUGGUGGUGAUUCCCCAGGGUGUGUGUCCUGUGGUUUGCCGGCACUGGAUAAAGAAGCGGAGGACAGACUGAUGAUCGAGGUCGCGAAGCAACAGAUUUUGAGCAAAUUGCACCUUAAAGAGAGACCAAACAUCACUCAUACAAUUCCUCGGGUGGCGCUUUUAACGGCGCUUCGCAAACUCCAAGCGGGGCGCGUCAGCAACACCAUACCCACGAAAGAUCAUGGCUACGAGAUAGUAAGCUUUGCAGAAACAGAGGAGAGAGGCAGUGCGCCCAACGCUAGCCUCGGCCUCACCUUCCAGUUCCUGCAGGAGCACGGCCAAAACAUCCAGGUGCUCCAGUCCUCUCUGUGGGUAUAUGCCCGCUCCUCUGGCCUGGACCCCCACCGUAUACGAGCCCAGGUCUUCCUGUCUGGCCUCCCCGGGGACUCAAACCGCACUCUGCUUGUCGAGAAGACGCUGGACAUUCAGGAGAGCAACUGGCACACCUUCACCAUCACCCGCCCGCUGCAGGCCUUCCUGGACCGCGAACACAGCCACCUCCACCUGGAGGUCAGCUGCCGGGAGGACGGCGGGGAGAAUCUGUGCUCCUUACAGGGCUCCUCCAGCUCCUCCAGCUCUGGCGACAACCCCCACCACCAGCCCUUCCUUGUGGCCAAGGUGCGGCAGCACGACGACCAGUCCAAACACUCGCUGAGGAAGCGUUCGCUCCGGUGCGGCGACGACGUCACCGUGUGCUGCAAGAGGGACUUCUACAUCAAGUUCAAGGACAUCCAGUGGCAGGACUGGAUCAUCGCCCCAGAGGGCUACCACAUGAACUACUGCAUGGGCCAGUGUCCGCAGCAUCUGUCCGGGUCCCCCGGCAUCGCGUCCUCCUUCCACGCCACGGUGUUCAGCCAGCUGAAGAUCAACGGCAUCAACACGGCCGUGACGUCCUGCUGCGUGCCGACCGAGCGCAGGCCGCUCUCCAUGAUGUACUUCAACUCGCAGCACAACAUCGUGAAGAUGGACGUCCCCGACAUGAUCGUGGAUUCCUGCGGAUGCACAUAGAUGGAAGGGAGGCGGAGAUGUAGCUGGAGGCAGAGGCGGUGGUCGAUGUUAAUGUAAUCACACAAGGGUUUGGGGAAAUUCCCAUUGACAUUCACAAAGAUACUAACACAUACAAAGAACAAUUAUUGACAUAUGUGUAUAUAAAUAUUUAUAUAUACAUAUAUAUACAGGGCUCCUUGAGCUCCUUCAGCAUCACGCAACAAUAUUUC